GGAAUUUCUGCCCCACCAACUCAUGGAUUUCUUGUCGACAUUGCCACGCUUCCAGGAUGGCUGAUCUACCCUAUCGAUCAAAGGCAGAGGAUGAUGCGGCCAGAGAGGAUGGAGAGGACGAUGAGGAGGAGGAGAUCGAUGAGAGCGGGUACAAGACGGUCAAAGAUGCCGUCCUCUUCGCCAUCGAAGUCAGCGAUUCAAUGUUGAAGAAACCACAGACAUCAGGGUCAAAGAAAUCAGACGCCACUUCUCCUCUUCUCGCCGCUCUGAAAUGUGCCUACCAUCUGAUGCAGCAACGCAUCAUUUCCACCCCUCGCGACUUGAUGGGCAUCUUGCUUUAUGGUACCCAAGCAACAAAGUUCUACAAUGAAGACGAAAACUCCGGCGGCGGCUGGUCAUUUCCUCAUUGCUACCUCUUGACUGAUCUGGAUGUUCCCGAGGCUUCAGAUGUCAAGGCGUUGAAGGAGCUUACCGAAGCAGAUUUCCCUGAAUCUAAUGACAUCUUCCGGCCCUCGAAAGAGCCAGUGUCUAUGCAUAAUGUUCUCUUCUGUGCAAACCAAGUCUUUCAACAGAAAGCGGCCAAUUUCACCUCCAGGCGAUUGUUCAUUGUCACAGACAACGAUGAUCCUCAUGCUGUCAAUAAGGAGACACGAGCCCAAGCAACAGUCAGAGCUAAGGAUUUGUACGACCUCGGUGUGAUUAUAGAACUGUUCCCAAUAUCCACCCCAGAGCAUACCUUCGACACAAAGCACUUUUACGACGACAUCAUAUACAAAGCGUCGCCAUCAGAUCCUGAUGCCAUUGCAUACAAUCCAUCUUCCAUUGUUGACUCCAAUGAAUCGAAGCUAGCAGCGGGUUCGAACGAUGGCAUAUCCCUACUACAAGCUCUUCUGACCAGCAUUGCCUCAAAGGUUACACCCAAAAGGGCACUCUUCUCAUCCGUUCCACUUGAGAUCGGUCCAGGUCUUGAAAUAUCGGUAAAGGGAUAUCUGCUCUAUAAGCACCAAAAACCAGCCAGAAGCAGCUACAUCUAUUUGGGUUCUGAGCGACCACAAAUCGUAACCGGAAGUACUGAACAAGUUGCCGAGGACACCCGUCAAGUCCAGAAACCCGAAAUCCGGAAAGCCUACACUUUUGGUGGCGAGCAGAUUACUUUCAAGUUGGACGAGGCCCAGAAACUCCGAGAUUUCGGGAAGCCUGUGAUCAGAGUAAUUGGAUUCAAGCCAAUAUCACGAUUACCACUGUGGGCUAACCUCAAGAAUUCAUCAUUUCUUUAUCCGUCAGAAGAGCAUGUUGUUGGCAGCACACGUGUGUAUAGUGCUUUGUAUCAGAAACUGUCGAGGGCCAAACUCUUUGGACUGACUUGGUUUAUUCCACGAAAGAAUGCCACUCCGGCCAUGGCUGCCAUGGUUCCUACAAUGUCCGCAGAGCCUACAGAUGGCAGAUCCAAUGUGGCUGGGAUCUCGCCCACAGGAGUACCUCAAGGUCUCCAUUUGAUCCCACUGCCCUUUGCGGACGAUAUCCGACCGAAUCCACCAACAACCAGACAAGAGCCUCUACACGCUCCAGAUGACCUUGUGGAUGCCAUGAGGCCAAUAAUUCAACAGCUCAAUCUUCCGAAAGGAAUAUACGAUCCUUCCAAAUACCCCAACCCAAGCCUUCAAUGGCAUUAUCGCAUCCUACAGGCACUAGCGCUCGACGAUGAGAUUCCAGAGAAGCCCGAGGACAAGACAAUUCCGAAAUACCGGCAGAUCGACAAGCGUGUGGGAAACGAAACCAUAGAAUGGGGCAAAACACUCGAAAGAGUCUUCAAAGAAUUCCACAUAGAUCAUCCAGACUCGGUUCCUACUGGUUCGAAGCGAUAUACCAACGGUCAUGCAUCCGCCGCUUCAGGGUCAGUGGCAAAGAAGGCAAAGACGGAAGGAGGGGACGGAAUGAGUGAGGCCGAGGUGCGAAGUCUGUGGCAGAAGGGCACAUUGUCAAGCUUGACAGUUGCCCAACUGAAAGAAGUCUGCGGAGCGAAGAAGCUUUCGGUGACCGGAAAAAAGGCAGAUCUUGUUGACCGGCUUGAACAAUGGCUAGAGAGCAAGUGACUGGUAGGAAUCUGUAUGAUUAUGCUGCGAGAUACCCAUGACAUGUACGUUACUGGCAAAGAAAAAUAAAAUUGGUAGGACUGUAUGGUCGAUCAUUGCAAUCCCAGUCAUAUCCAGAAGGACGCGACUGACACUGCACCCAAGAUCAGCCAAAUUGGUUGUUCUCC